UUGAACAGUUUUGACUAUGAGUAAUCUGACUGAGAAAAUUUAUUUACCAGUGUAAAUGUGAAGCAAUUUAUUUUCAAAGUAAAUUGAAAUUAGUAAAAUUUUAUUGCGUGUGUUAUGUACAUAGUUCAUAAAUGCAAUUUUUGUUUGUUAUGUGUUUAUGAUCUCAUGACAGAAGGCCUUGCAAUACGCAUAGAUUUACAGAAAAAAAUAAUACAAAUGUGUUGUUUUGAUAGAUAAUGGAUCCAAGAAUGUGUAGGAAAAUCAGUAGUAGUGAAAGUCUUCCAGACGGUGAUAACGUGGAGUAUGAGAUAUCAAACGUCAUUGCAGCGCAAGAGAGCGACGAUAACUUUAUGCUGGAUGGAAGUCCGGAACUCCAUUCUGUGACAUGGCUGGACGAUGAGCAGAUAGAAGAUUUAGAUCUUAAUUUAGAGCAAACCAACUUGUGCUUUCAUAGAGUCGAUAGUGCUGAUAUUAUAUACAGAAGCAGAAAGAAAAAAUGUAAAAUGGUUGGAAAGUAUGUCAUGGGUGAUGUUUUAGGAGAAGGUUCAUACGGAAAAGUCAAAGAAAUGUUAGACUCGCAAUCUUUAUGUAGGCGAGCCGUAAAAAUUCUUAAAAAGAGGAAAUUAAGAAGAAUACCAAAUGGUGAACAAAAUGUACAGAGAGAGAUACAAUUACUAAGAAUCCUUAGACAUAAAAAUGUGAUAGAACUAGUCGAUGUUAUCUAUAAUGAUGAGAAACAAAAGAUGUAUCUUGUUAUGGAAUUCUGUGUUGGAGUAUUACAGGACAUGCUGGAGUCAAGUCCCGGUAAAAAGUUUCCUCAAAGACAAGCUCAUGAUUACUUUCUACAGCUGCUGGACGGAUUAGAUUACUUGCAUGGGCAGGGUGUUGUACAUAAAGAUAUUAAACCAGGAAAUUUACUUCUGACACUGGAUCAAACUCUCAAAAUCACAGAUUUUGGUGUUGCUGAGGCAUUAGACAUGUUUUCACAGGAGGAUAUAUGUUACACAGGACAGGGCUCACCUGCAUUCCAGCCUCCAGAGAUAGCCAAUGGUGCUGAACAAUUUUCAGGAACUAAAGUUGAUAUAUGGAGCAGUGGAGUUACAUUGUACAACAUGACAACAGGGAGGUAUCCGUUCGAGGGUGACAACGUGUACCGAUUGCUGGAGGCGAUAAGCCGGGGUCCCCCCGCGCCCCCGCCCGCGAGCGUGGGCCCCGCUCUCAGCGCUCUGCUCGUGCACAUGCUCAACCGAGACCCUACACUAAGGCCCACCGUCCACGAGAUCAGGAGACACGCAUGGGUGCAGGCAACACCGCCCUUCGAACCAGGCGAGAAACUAGUGAAUCCGAGAUCUCGACGUUCCGACGAGCUUCACACUUCGACUGUAAUACCGUAUCUCGUCGAGAGGCAUUACGCUUCGGCGCAGGAAUACUUCACCGAAAGGGACCUGCGGCAAGGGCUGGGUGACGGCGGCUCCCGGACGAUGUCGACUGCGGAACUGUCUGACGGAGGAUCGGGGCAGCACAAGAGGCGAUGGCACUCGUCGUGCGGCCGGCUGCCCUCGUGCCGGCUCACGUGAUGGACGCGUGACGCAGCAGAUAAACUGCCUCCAUAAAAGCACCGGAUCAGAUCUUGAGCGUCCGACGAAAUAAUAUCGGGGAUCGGUUACAAAAAAAGAAUAAUAAUAAUAAUAACAGCACCGGCUCGGAUCUUGAGCGUCCGGCGAAAUAAUAUCGGGAUCGGUUACAAAAAAAGAAUAAUAAUAAUAAUAACAGCACCGGCUCGGAUCUUGAGCGUCCGGCGAAAUAAUAUCGGGAUCGGUUACAAAAAAAGAAUAAUAAUAAUAAUAACAGCACCGGCUCGGAUCUUGAGCGUCCGGCGAAAUAAUAUCGGGAUCGGUUACAAAAAAAUAAUAAUAAUAAAAGCACGGACUCGGAUCUUGAGCGUUCGGCGAAAUAGUAUCGGGAAUCGGUUAAAAUAAUAAUAAUAAUAACAACAGCACCGGCUCGGAUCUUGAGCGUUCGACGAAAUAACAUCGGGGAUCGGUUACAAAAAAAAUUAAUAAUAAUAAAAGCACAGGCUCGAAUCUUGAACAGCUCUUUAAAUAAAUAAAAAAUUAGUAACGGUGUAAUAUUUCUAUACAAGGUCUCAUAUAUAUUAUUUUACUGGUGGUAGUCUUGAGUUCGUACGGGUAGGUACUGCCACCCUGCCUAUUUCUGCCGUGAAGCAGU